UUUUCUUUUGGUUUUUAUGUUUUGCUAACUAUUUUUUUUAUCGAAACCUAUUAACAUGGGAUCUAGUUUCAAAGAUCUUGACGCGAUAAAUUCAACGACGUAUUGACCUAUAACGUCUAUAUAAGCUGGCAAUGGUGCGGUCCAAUAGAGAUUUAGAAACAAUAUUAAUUAUAAGAUUUUAAAAACAUACUAUUAAAUCAGUUCAAAAAAAGUGUAUUUAAAUAAAAGGAGAAUCAAUCAGUAAUCUUGAAUCGGUUGACGCACAUGGCUAUAAAAAAGGUAGUACCAUGUAGUCCAUGAAAGCCUCAACUGACAUGUAUGCGUCAACUGAAUGUAGUCCAUCAUCGGUCAAAGUCAUACACUGUUGUGUUAGUAUGAUUUCAUAGCCCGAUAUAAAACUUUGUUUGACGAUUUUGAUGAUAUAGUGGUACCGUGUAUAGUGCAUGACUCAGAUGUGUGAUAGGUCGUUAUUAGGUACUCCCUUCGUCCAGAAUUUCUUGUCCAUAAAUGGAUAAAAGUACAUGUAUCUAUAACUAAAAUAUGUCUAGAUACAUUCAUUUUUAUGACAAGUAUUUUCGGACGGAGAGAGUACAUAACGUCCAAGAUAGCCUAGCACUGAUAGGUCAUGGUUCCUUCUGCUCUAUAAAAUAAUCCAAGAUUUUCAGUCCCUUAAAUGUAUCCAAACAUUUCUCUUACGUCUCCUCGAUGUUUCCUGGUAGGCACAUGACUGUACUUUGUCAGCAGAUCGAUGGCGAGUGCAAUAUUGGGAGGUGUACCAUCCACGAGGCGAGGUAGAUGAACAAUGUUCUAGUCAAAGUCAAAGAAUAGUACUUUUCUUGUCGAAGAAUAGUUAUCAACCCAAGAAUUUGGUCCACAUGUCCCCAAGAAAUCAUAUAUAGCAAGAAAGAUCAAAACUCAAAAACACACGUUAAGCUACCUUUACAUGCAAACUAAGCUGAGACCGGCCUAAUUGAGCUGAUCGCUCGACACCAGGCACCUAGGACAUGGCCGGAGGAGACGACCUGAAGCUGCUGGGGAUUUGGGCGAGCCCGCACGUCUUGCGAGUGCGACUCGCGCUCCACCUCAGGGGCUUGAGCUACGAGUACGUCGAGGAGCAAGGCCUCAAGAACUACAAGAGCGAUGAGCUGCUCCUCAACAGUAAGCUACCGGUGCUGAUCCACGACGGCAAGCCUGUCUACGGCAUAUCGUUGAGCCUAAUCCAGUACCUCGACGAGGCCUUCGCCGGUGCCGGCUCCUCCCUCCUCCCCGACGACCCCUCCGAGCGUGCUAUCGCUCGCUACUGGGGUGACUUUAUGGAUGACACGGUAUUGUAUUUUUUUUCUUGAUAACAGAAGU